CUAAAACAGCUGUUCGGCUGUAGAGUGCAGUGGGUUCUCACGGUUUUGUUAUUUAAUAAUUUUGAUAUGUGCAAUUUAAUCAAUUAAAACAAAGAAAAUGCAAACGCUGAAGAGCACUCGCCCCUGGAGAGGAGCAUAUUGGACCAGCUGGAGGCGUCUGCUGACCCAAAGCUGCACGGGAAACGAGAAUCCAGAAUUAACUAAUGAUGUCAAGCACCGAAUUGAGGCUCACUGGCGUGAGCAACUUAGUGGAGGGCAGUUCAACCCCAAAGAUUCCCAGGAAAAGUACUAUGUUCUUUCCAUGUUCCCGUAUCCUUCCGGCAAUCUUCACAUGGGCCAUGUGCGCGUCUAUACCAUCGCCGAUUCGGUGGCGCGAUUCCAGCGGAUGUGCGGCAAAAAUGUGUUCCAACCAAUGGGCUGGGACUCCUUUGGUCUGCCCGCCGAGAACGCCGCCAAUCAGCGGGGAGUGGAACCCGCAUCGUGGACAGAACAAAACAUUGGACAGAUGAAGGAGCAGCUGAAAAGACUGGGUUGCUCCUUCGACUGGAACCACGAGCUGUCCACGUGUAGUCCGCAGUAUUACAAGUGGACGCAACACCUGUUCCUUAUGUUACACCGCCACGGAUUGGCUUACCAAAACGAAGCCCUCGUAAACUGGGAUCCCGUGGACAAAACUGUGCUCGCCGACGAGCAGGUGGAUGCCAAUGGCUGCUCUUGGCGAUCGGGCGCUAAGGUGGAGAAAAAGCUCCUUAGGCAAUGGUUCAUCCGUACUAGUGCGUAUGCUAAACAGUUGCUGGAUGGCCUGGAAGAUCCCACGCUGCGCGACUGGAGGGAUAUUAUCAACCUGCAGCGUCACUGGAUUGGAGAAUGCGACGGUUAUGCCUUUAAUCUGCUUACCUCCGCCUCCGGCCUAUUACGUGUAUGGACAGCCCAUCCUGAGCACUUAAAGGACCCCCAUGCCUUCCUUGUCCUUCGCAGCAGUCAUCAUCUUUCAAAGCUAGACGAUGCAGGCAGCCUCAGCGCGGAAAAUCCCUUCGCAGGCACCACUAUGCCUGUGGUAUUUGGUGACGAUGUUACCUUCCCUUCAAAGUGCGAUGUCUACCUGGCAGCGCCCAGUUUCCGCGGCGAAGAUAGGGAGCUGUGGGAGUCUCACGGACUGUCUUUUAGUUCAUCUGGAAAAGAGGAAGUCAGCCUAAGUCCAGCCAACUGGGAAUUGUUGAGAAAGGAGGUGCUCCAGGCAGCCGCACGUUUGAAUGUGGGCGGCUAUCGGGUGUCCUCCAAGCUGCAGGAUUGGUUGAUCUCACGCCAGCGCUACUGGGGCACUCCAAUCCCUAUUGUACACUGUUCUAAAUGCGGAGCGGUACCCGUUCCCGAAGAGCAGCUGCCGGUGUCGCUGCCGCCAAAGGAUUCGCCCAAGGAAGCGUUCCUCUGCGAGUGUCCCAAAUGCGGAGAGAAGGAUGCACGAAGGGAGACGGACACUAUGGACACAUUUGUGGACAGUUCUUGGUACUACCUGCGUUACUUGGAUUCCCAAAACUCUGAGCGCAUUUUCGACCCUGCCCUGGCCAAUAAAUUUAUGCCCGUCGAUUUGUACAUCGGUGGAAAAGAGCAUGCUGUGCUGCAUCUCUACUACGCCCGUUUUAUGAAUCACUUCCUGCAUAGCUGUGGGCUAUCGCCCACUACUGAACCUUUUUCUCGACUGCUGGUCCAAGGAAUGGUCAUGGGACGCUCCUUCCGGGUAAAGGGCAGUGGACGUUAUGUACCAGAAUCCGAAGUAGAGAUCGUGAACGCCAAGAAAAAUCAGGCGGUUUUGAAGGAAACCAAAGAGCCCGUGGUCAUGACCUGGGAGAAGAUGUCCAAGUCGAAACUUAACGGAGUGGAGCCCAGUGAUAUGUUCAAUGAAUACGGCACGGACACAACGAGACUGAUUAUCCUAGCUGACGUAGCACCCACCUCUCAUCGCAAUUGGUCGAGUGCAACAUUUCCUGGCAUUCUCAACUGGCAAAAGCGCCUUUGGCUGACACUACAAGACUUUCAAGCGGCUCGAGAGGAUAAAACUGCUUCGGAAGUUGUGGCCACCAGCGAGGAGUUUCUGGCUGAGGACGCUAAGCUCUUCGACGCCCGUAACUUUUAUGUAAAAGGAGCCACUUUUAACUACCGCCAUGCACAUCAACUGAGUGUGGCUAUAUCUAAGAUGCAGGGUUUGACCAAUUCCCUACGACGCACACCGAAGCAUGUUCUGCGACAUGGCAAACAAUUUGAGCGGGCUCUGGCCGCCCAGAUCAUCAUGCUUGCUCCCAUGUCUCCGCACUUCGCCUCCGAAUUAUGGUCAAAGUUUGUGGCUAUACCUGGCAGAUUAAAUCCCGCCAGCGAGGAGUUGCGGUGGAGUGAAGACGUGCUGUCCCAACGCUGGCCAGAUGUUGAUCCCUCCUACAAUCUGGAUCUGAGUAUCAAAGUAAACGGGUUCGAGAAUUGUGUAAUCAAAGUGCAGCGAACGCACUUGGAUAAGGUGACGCAUAGCGAUGCCCUGGACAUUGCCUUCAACACGGAAUCGGUGACAUCUUACCUCAUCGACAAGAAAAUAAGGACCACCAAUUUUGUACUUUAUCCGGGCAUCGAGGCUAUCCUGAAUAUCUACGUAGAUAAGGCACAAAAGACUCAAAAGUCGGCGACUAGUGACGAUGCGGAGGCUCAGCCUGGAGCGUAGGAUAUCUUUAAUUUAAGCCGAAUGGAUUGCGGAUGAUUGUGAGAGCGGGUUGGACCCGCCCAAAUGCAUUUUCGGUGUUGGCCUGAAAGUCGCCAUCCUAGAUUGGUACUUUUUAAUAUUGUUUACUGUUAAAUAUUUAUAAAAAUUGGACUAGUUGUAAGCAGCUGCUUUACAGGAUUGGUAAAUGCCUAGGAUCAUAGGAAUAUAAUGGUUGCUCUAUCUGUGCGCCUCUAUCUAAAAGCCAGUA